AUGUUAGCUGCGCGUAAGCUUAGAAACCGCAGGAGACGUGAAAGAUGGGCUGAUAAAGCAUACAAGAAGGCACACCUUGGCACAAGAUGGAAAUGUAACCCUUUCAAGGGUAGCUCCCACGCUAAGGGUAUUGUUGUCGAGAAAAUAGCCAUCGAGGCCAAACAGCCCAACUCCGCUUACCGUAAGAGUGUACGUGUACAGCUCAUCAAAAACGGUAAAAAAAUUACCGCGUUCGUACCGAGGGAUGGUUGUUUGAACUACAUCGACGAAAACGACGAAGUGCUUGUAGCCGGGUUCGGACGCAGUGGCCACUCCGUUGGUGAUCUUCCUGGUGUCCGUUUCAAGGUGGUCAAGGUAGCAGGGGUGUCACUUCUCGCUCUUUACAAAGAGAAGAAGGAGAAGCCCAGGUCAUAG